AUGCCGGGGCCGCGGCGCCCGGCCCGCGGGGAGGGACGGCGCGGGAGCCCGGCGGCGGCGGCGGGCGGGGGCGGCGCGCCCGGCGUGGUGCGGGCGGCGGGCGUCCUCGGGAGGCGGCGGCGGGAGGCGCGGAGCAGCCCCCACCCGCCCUGGGAGGGAGCGGGCACUCGGCGGCACGCGGCCUCGCGCCUCCCCUCCCACACCCCCGCACACAAAGACGCCUCUCGCCGGAGGGAGCAGGGACCCGCAGCUGGAGCGGGGGCGCACGGGGCGCCGGCCCCGGGGUCGCCGCCGUCGCCGCAGGGACGCGCGCCCGCACCCUCCGGCUCCCCUAAGCCGCAUAGCCCGGCCCUCAGCCUGAGCGGACGAAAAUUAAACCCCAACUUCCACACAUCACAUUGGAAAAGAGGUUGUCUUAUGAGGCGAAGAAGACAGUCUUUCCCCUUCAUUGCUCAGCAAGAACCAGGAUGAGGUUGAGCAAAGACAGCAGCAGCAGGUGGCACUUCCCCACCUCCAUCCCAUGUGGGUCCCUGCCUAAAAGAAAUGACUGAGUCCAGAUUGCCUCCUUCCUGAAUGAGCAGAGAGACAAGCGCUUCCACAAGAAGCCCUUGCAGAGAGUGUGGUCAAAGUCAAAUUGGCCUCUGUGUCGGCCACCUGCAAAUGGUAAAAGGACCAAGAUGCCUUGGGAGAGAAAAUGUCAAGAGAGUUGUAUGUAAAUACCAUAACAAUUGCUUGAUCUUAAACAAAUUGCUCGUCCUUCUGAGUUUCUGGGCCCACUCACCUCUAAACUGGGAUCAGAUAACUACCUCAUGGGAUAAGCUAAGGGUACGAACUGCCUGAAAACGGCCCCUCUCUCCUUCAACCAGGCUGAGGCAGGUGGUAGGAACGAAUAUGUUGCCUUCCUCGAGCCCACCUCAAGGCAGAAAUAAGGAAUUCCUGGACAACCCGACUUAGAACAACAAACUAGAGAGUGUUUGUGUGGGAGGUGACAGCAAAAGCUUGCAAACUCCUUGCGCCCUUCUUGGGUUUCUUUGUGUGUUGUUCUCCCCUGCUUCCUGCUCACCCAGCGGUGCCAGGCCCGGGAGGACUGAGGGAGGAGUAGACGGCCUCGCCCCUUUCUGCAGCCUGGGAGGAGCCGGCAGGCGGCUCUGCAGCCCAGGGCCGCAGCCCACCUCCACCGCCAGGGGUCAGCAGAGUGUCGUGAUUGCAGCCCGAGUUGAGGAGGGGGCCAGAGAAAGGAGGGGGCAACCAGGAGAGGUCGCGGGAAUGCAUCAUUAAAUCGUUUUCAGAACC